AUGUCAAUACUUUACAGAAACUCACCAUUUGGUGCAGCAGGUAUAUUACCCUAUACAGUUCAUAAUGGAAAAAUAUAUGUUUUAUUAGGUAAUGAAAGACGUGGAUUCAGUGAUUUUGGUGGAUAUAAAGACGGACCAACCGAAUCAACAGAGUUUUGCGCAGCGAGAGAAUUUUCAGAAGAAACAUUAGGACUUUUUAUAAAUGACUCUAAAGAUAGAGGAUGUAUUGCUGGUGUAGAGAAAUCCACUUUAUUAUUCAACAGUAUUUUAACAAAUAAAGAUUUAUAUAAUGUUGGUUUGAUAACAAAAAUAGAAAACUAUUUUAAUAGAUAUGCAAUGUAUAUAUGUCCAAUUAAUAGAUAUAUAUUGGAUAAUGAUUUUAGAUCUGUAUAUUUAUUAAAUAAAGAAAAACCCAUUAAAGAGCGUAUUGAAAACACAGAAAAAAAUCAUAUUUGGUGGUUUGAAUUAGAAAAACUUUUAGAACUAUCCCUAGACGAGUCUUUAAAAGAAAUUAAAAGGGGGCAGCACAUAUAUGCUCUAUUUGGCUCAUUUUUAAAGACCAUUAGAGAGCCCAAAUUUAUCGAAUUCUUCACAGUUUUAAAAUCAUCAUAUGAUACAAAUCUAUUAAAGUCAAUGAUAGAUGAUGUUUGGAAUAAAAACACUUUAUUAUAA